UGUUUGACUAUACAAUGAACUAUCGAAAAAUAACAUUACCGCUUAUAGCUACAGAAUUGCCAGUAUCUAGUUUUGUUAUAAAAUAAUUAAUUUGAACUUUGCAUAAGUCAGACAAGGAAACAAUUAUUCAGAAUAAACCAAAACUAAACUAGGAGUCAACGAAUGAGCGCUAGAACAACGGAGAAAGAGGGUUCAGCUGCAGUCCUGUGAAGGACAGUGAUUCAGUCACGGCCCGUUUGAAACCAGUGCUCCAAGAUCCUCCACCUCAACCUGUGGUCUGAGCGGGUGUGGAGCACGGCCCGCCCUCUGAGAUGAGCUCACAAAGUCCUCAGUGUCCAGACACUCUCCACACCUCUCCCAGCAGGCCUUCCUCCCUCCUCCCUCCCUCUCUCUCUCCUCCAUACUGCUCUCUCUUCCCCCGUCUGCCAGCCCCACACCCCUGUUUGAAGCUCCAGGAGUUAGAGACCUUUUCUGCCCCACUUAGCGCUCUCCUCUUCCAGGCACCAUGGCUCACGGCAGCGGCCUCUGCAGAUUCCUCCUGGUGCUUCUCGGCCUCUCGGUGACGGCCACACGCGCAGAGACGAUCGGAGACUCGCUGCCCACCCUGCAGGGGGAGAACCAGGACACUAUGUCGGGGGACGUGUCCUAUGACGUCACCACGAAGGAGCCCAUCCAGGAAGUGACGGACUGCUGCUUCACCUACGACCACGAGGACUCCACCCACUCCCAGGCCGUGGAUCAGGUGGAAGGGGUCCUCGGGCUAGGGGCCAUCACAGCCAUCGUGAUCGCCGUCUUCCUCGGAGCUUCGGUCCUCCUCGCACUCAUUGUCAUCACCCUCCGAAAGUUCACUGCUUCAUAGUGUGUUUGUUUGUGUGGGGGUGUGUGUGUGUGUGUGUGCGCACGCGUCUGUGAACUUGGUUUUGGCUGUGGGUUUCAGAGCAUCAAUGCGUUUCUGUUUGUGUAUCUCCAAUGUACAGCUGUGACUCCAUCACAUUCUCUUAGCUUCUUCUUUUGACAACUUCCUCUCUCUCUCUGUCUGUGUGUCUGUGUUGGUGGUGCGUGUCUGUGAUUCCCUCUCUCUCUCUCUCUCUCUGUCUUUGUCUCUCUCUCUCUUUGUCUCUCGGUCUUCACUCUCUCCCCCGAAAGUUUGUUUUGUCUCACUCUGGAUGUAAAAUACUAAAUAGUGGCUGGCACCUUUACCAUGAACAAGUAAGAUUUAAAAUAUCAACUACUUUUCACACUCCAUAACAAUUCUGUCCGCUUUAAAUUAGUAAAUGGAACUAUUUAAGGUUUAAUGUUAAGUGUACAAUAAACAUAUAUCAAAUGGGAGAAUAGUGUGUAGGCAGUCAAAUGUAAAUGGUACAUUGAAUAGGUAUUGGUAAAGGCAUAUCAGUAGGGGGUAGUAUGCUGAUACCAUAUGAAAUACUGGCGGGGUCUUCCAGUGUAAUUCAACAUGUUAUUGCUUCUCUUUCUCUUUUGGUUGAGCUUUGUUGUUUUUUGUUGCUGUUGGUGACGCAACGCCUCUUAAAAGUGCAUUUUGCUUUGUUUACGUUUUUUUAAUGUGUGUAGAAGCUGUACAUUUAUAUCAUAGCGCAGUGUGUCGUGUUUUUGUGCGCUUGUUUCAGUUAGCUGCACCGUAGAAAGUGUGGGACUUUGUUGGCCUAGUGGAGACAUAUCAACCAUGUUCUUAGUCUGUUUCUGCUUCUUACUUAGCCAGAGUCAAUUCUCCAACCUCAACGCAAUAAGACAAACAACUCUUCUUUAUUCAUGGGAUGUAAAAAGGGGAUGGUAGGAAAGGUAGAGUAAUAUAAGUCUGCACCUUUUAUGAUUUAUUUUCUUCCCGUCUACUUGUGGUCUGUAUGUUUGCUGUUUUUAAUAGUGCUAUGUUCUUCAUUGGCCUUGAACAACACUAUCACCCAUAGUGAUAACAAUGUUGCUUAAAUUGUUUGACAUCCAUGUGGAAUAUCCCAAUAAAUCAUUCCCAAACUA